AAGGUGUGUGCUAAUUAAUGAGAGUGCUGGGCUGCCUCACGGCUGGAGCAGUACGUGUGGAUGUGGUGGUGGAGUGCGUGUCCCUUCCCGGUCCCUACCCGUGCCCACAAAAGGAUUGAGCCUACAGCACCCCAGGGACCGCUCGUCCCAACACCGCGCCCAGCCAGCCUCACUCCUGCUCCUAUGUCACAGCUCGGCGUGACGGCAUGAAGAAAUCCUCAUAUUCAGGAAUCACCCGGACCUCCAGCGGGAGACUUCGGAGACUCAGUGACCAGGCAAGUCCAACUCUGAAAAGAUCUUUUGAGGUGGAGGAGGUAGAUCAGUCUUCAAAUUCUUCCACCCCACAAAGACGGACCCCGAACACCCUCCUCAGGUCCACUGUGUCCAGCUCCACACAGAAGUUUCAGGAACUUGGCACCAGGAAUUUGGAGCCGUCUGCCCGACAUGCGGACCCCACAGGCCAAAGAUCACCCAAGCCCUCUCUGAGGAGAGUGGAGCUCUCUGGACCCAAACUGCCCGAACCAGUAUCCAGAAGAACAGAAAUCUCCAUUGACAUCUCAUCCAAGCAGGUGGAGAACUCCACCUCAGGGUUGUCAAGGUUUGGCCUCAAAAGAGCAGAUGUGCUGGGGCACAAACCCCCAGAGCCUACUCCAAGGAGGACUGAGAUCACCCUCGGCAAGCCCCAGGAGCUGGGUCUCCGGAGGGUAGAGGCGCCAGCAUCAAAGAUCCCUGAGAUGCCCCAGCGGAGAGCUGAGACGGCUAAUGCUCCUGUGCCUGACACAGCCACGAAGCGCGUGGAAAUUCAGGUAGCAAAGGCUGCUGAGGUCCCAGCCCCACCGGCACGGCAAGUGGAGAGCUCGGAGCCUCCUCUGACCACCCAGCCUCCCCAGGCAGAGCCAAAGCUGCAGCCAGUGCUGAUGGAGAGCCUGUCAAAGAGAGAAGAAGGUCCAGAGGCAGUUCCCAGCCACGCACCCAGCAUGACGGACGUGCCACGGGAUGCUGGCUCCAAGCAGCCAGCGCCAACACGGCCAGAGAAACCGGCCGCGGACUUUGGCUAUGUGGGGAUAGACGCCAUCCUGGAGCAGAUGAGACGGAAAGCCAUGAAGCAGGGGUUUGAGUUCAACAUCAUGGUUGUGGGUCAGAGUGGCUUGGGGAAAUCCACAUUAAUCAACACCCUGUUCAAAUCCAAAAUCAGCCGGAAAUCUGUACAGCCAACUUCUGAAGAGCGGAUCCCAAAGACCAUUGAAAUCAAAUCCAUCACUCACGAGAUUGAAGAGAAGGGGGUUCGCAUGAAGCUGACAGUCAUUGACACCCCAGGCUUUGGAGACCACAUCAACAAUGAGAACUGCUGGCAGCCCAUCAUGAAGUUCAUCAAUGACCAGUAUGAGAAGUACCUGCAGGAGGAAAUCAACAUUAACCGGAAGAAGCGGAUCCCUGACACACGGGUGCACUGCUGUAUAUACUUCAUCCCAGCCACUGGCCACUCGCUCCGACCGUUAGACAUCGAGUUCAUGAAACGCCUGAGCAAAGUGGUCAACAUUGUCCCCGUGAUUGCAAAAGCUGACACAUUAACGCUGGAGGAGAGGGACUACUUCAAACAAAGGAUAAUGGCUGAUCUUCUUGCCAAUGGGAUCGAUGUGUAUCCUCAGAAGGAGUUCGAUGAGGACUCUGAAGAUCGGCUAGUGAAUGAGAAAUUCAGGGAAAUGAUCCCGUUUGCAGUGGUGGGCAGUGACCAGGAGUACCAGGUUAAUGGAAGAAGAAUCCUUGGACGGAAGACCAAGUGGGGCACCAUUGAAGUGGAGAACACGACACACUGUGAGUUCGCCUACCUGCGGGACCUCCUGAUCAGGACGCACAUGCAGAACAUAAAGGAUAUUACCAGCAACAUCCACUUCGAAGCCUACAGGGUCAAGAGGCUGAAUGAGGGCCAGAGCUCGCUCUCCAACGGCGUGACCGACAAAGAGCUGGUGGCUAACGAAAUGUAACCGUCUCGCUCUGUAGCCAGGACCUUGCUCGCUCACGCUCGCUAUUUCUCCCUUCUUCCCCCUUUAUUUUUAUAUAAAUCCUCUGCCACUGUCCCUCUUCCCACCCCCCAAACCCCUGCCAGUGUUAACUGACCAAAUAACUAGAUGCCGUCUCUGUUGUGCGGAGUGGGGCAACCGCUCAUCCCCCCUGCUUUGUGGCAUGGGUUUUGUUCUCAGCCUCAGGUCCAGCAUCCCUGGGCUGGGGACCAUCCCCCCGUGGAGGCUGGGCUCUCACUGCUCCCCAGCACUGGCCUGACAGCCGAGCUUGGGGGAGCAGGUCUGCGGGGCUGGUGGGGUUGGGGUGCCCCUGGAAGCCCUGCCGGCCCCUUUGUGCAGAGGCUCUUCUCCGUCCGUUGAAGGCAAGGAUUUCUCCAGGUGAAUGUAGCCUUUGGAAGCAAGGUACGGUGGUAUGAAGAGAGCAAGAUGGUGCCAUCCUUGUCUUCUGCUGCCUCCUCCGAGCCCUCUGCAGCCCUCCAGGACCCACCAGCCCCCUACCCAAGCCCUCUACCCUGCCUACAUGCAAUAAACUGGGAGUGUUUAGGUGUCACCUUGCCUGUCACCAACCCCCGGCCAGGCAGAGCAACCUGCUUUGGGAGAAGUGCCUUUUCAGACUGUUACCUUGCGAUAGCAUGGGAGAGGGGAGGGAGGGCUUGCCUUGUCUGUCUUUGCAGCCUGCAAAAGGCCUGCGACACUUUGUAGAGACUCUUUUACCCUGUCCCUUGGACCACAGAUGUGGCUGAUGUCCUGGGAACACUUGUAUAUUUAUUUUUCAUUCAGUCGGGUGGGAUUUUUUUUUCUGCUGAAGGCUCAGAGAAUGUUUGUCCAAAGGGGCUGAGUGUGGAACAUCUCUGCAAAGCAGUGAUGGGAGGCAGAGGGUUGUCCUGUCUGACCCUUGUCAUUCUCAAGCUUUUCCCUAUGUCAGAGGAGGCUGUUGGGUGCAUUUUUUAAUAUAUUUUUUUGAUCCCCUAUGUGACAUGUGCACGUGUAACACUCCUCUGUUUUGCUAGUCCUUGUGCAAGGGGACUGUGCAUGUGCGGCCCGAGCCCUGCAGCCAUGGGGAGUGCUGGGGUGGCAUCUGUGGGUGCUGUGCCCUGUGGCUCCCUCCUGCUCUUCCCCCCAUGCUUCCUCUUUCAGUAAAUCUGCAGUAAAUCAGACCCUGCAAGGGGGGGUGUCAGUGAAAUAACACUGUGACACAGGAAUGGGUGGUCCUGGAGCAGACCUCUGCAAUCCUGCCCCCGCCCCAGCUCUGCUUGCCUUUCUGUUAUCUGCUCUGUAGCUUCUCUAAGGGAUAAAGCUUUUUGCAAAUCACUCUUUUUUAGGAGGGCACGUGGCAGCGCAUCCCAUCCUCUAGCGUGGAAGCUGCCUGCCGAGCCCUCCUGAUGGUGUCUGUGGGGGGCAGAGCCUUCUUCAGCAAGGGUGGCCAGGAGGGAGGAGGUCGCUGUCAUCUUGGUGGGGAGGCCCAGGUAGCAUUGCUCAGCAGGGGAUUUGCAGGAGCUCCCCACGCACAUCUCGUCCUCUAGCAGCCAAAGGAGCGUGUGCGGGGAGGUGCAGUGCAAGGAGAAUCUGCUCUCCCCCCUUAACUCAUGUUUCCCCCGCCCCCCGCAACAGCACGACGGAGCUGUUGGGGAAGAACAGCUAUCUACUUGCUGACUUGCUAUAUUUUAGCAAAAACAAAACCAAAAAAAGUGUAUUAACUGAAAAAAUAUGUAUGUAUUUCAAGCGUUAAAAGACGACUAUGAAAGGGGAGAAAAAAAAAAAUCUCGUGUGAGGCACUUCUGCAAAUGUCAUCUUGAAGUUUUUUUUUCUCUAGUCAAUAUCUCAAGCUGGGCUGAGCAAGUCAUGCUGCUUACUCCUUUGUAACCUGAUUUUUUUUUUUUUUUUGAAGAAAAAAAAGGAAAAUAAUACAAUUAAAAAUCCCUUCAUCCAGAUCUAUUAAAAUGGCCUUUUGGGGGUUAUAAGCAUUAUGACAAAGUUAGUUCAUUUUUGUAUAAAUAAUAGUGUUUAAUAUGUAUUUCCCAAAAUAAAUGUUCCGAAUGCAAAUAGAA